CCAAAUUUUAAAUAUAGUCAUAUUAUAUGUCGUUGGACUCGGUUUUGAAUGUAGAAUGCGAUGAUGAUAAUUAUUUAAUCAUUUGAUGGUAUAGGUGAGAGUAAUAUGUAAGUUUGGACUAAACAAUGGGAGCUCGGGACUUGAGAGCUUAAGAUCGUCUUUUGGAAAAAGUUUAACAACUCGGGAGAGACCUAAGAAAAUGCCUCCAAAAGGAAAGAAGACAAGGAGAACGGUUGGAGAAGACGCCCCUCAAGCUAAUGUCCAACCUCCACAAGCUGAAUUCCCUAUGAACGCCCUUCUCGAAGCCUUAAGAGCUAUUCCCGCUCAACAAAUGGAUCCUGCCGCUCGACAAAGUCAUCAUUUUCAGAUCUUUCAUCGAAUCCAAGUGCCUGAGUUUGAGGGUGGACAAGAUCCCAUGGUAGCUGAAAGGUGGUUGAGGCAGAUAAAGAAAAAUUUCAACACAAUAGGAACACCUGAGGAAUACCAAGUUACUUUCGCUGUGUCCAAGUUAGAGGGUGGUGCAGCCGAUUGGUGGGAGACCUUGUCCAGGACAAUGGAAACUGAUGGGAUGACUUGGCGAGAAUUUGAGGAAGUUUUCAGGGAACAAUAUUUUAGUCCAUCUCACAGGAGGGCUCUUAUUGGAGUAUUUGAUGGUCUAAGACAAGGGGAUAUGACUGUGAAUGAAUUUUACAUGAAGUUUGUAGAGCUAUCCUCUUAUGCAUAUCCUGGUGUUGUUGAUCAACCCUUGGUGAUUGAACAGUUCAUGCGUCGUUUGAGGCCAGCGAUACGUGGUCCUAUAGCCCCUUUGACCUUUAACAACUGA